AAAAAACUGGUAUCUGGACAUAUUUAUAAACCGGACACGCACCUCUCCCAGACUUUCAUUGACAAGUCAUGUUGAGAGUUGUUCUCGCCUUGUGUUUUGGGUACACCCUAGCUGUGCCUCUGGGCCAGGCCCCAGCCUUCGACCCGGCGUACCCUGAAGAAACCCUGGUCUCUUUGAGGGUGAUAUCAUUCUUCAUCCGGGACAAAAUCCUAAGGGCCAGAAAUGCUCAAAAGGAACAGGAAUUAUAGAUGGCCAAACGGGGUCAUCCCCUACGUAAUUGACACCAACCAUUUCAGUUCCUCUGAGCAGACGACAAUCCACCAAGCCAUAAGCAACCUACAGGAAAAACCAAGGUCAAUGGUAAAGCCUGCCUUACAUUCAAACCCCUCGUACCAACGAGGUCGCCCACAUCAAAUACCAGGGAGGAAGCGGAUGUCACACCCAGUAGGCUAUCACCAUAGUGUGUCUGGUGUCACCCUUUGGUGUUGGAUGUGGCAGAAUCGGCACCAUCAUGCACGAGACGAUGCACGCCCUUGGGUUCUGGCACGAGCAGAGCCGCCCUGACAGAGAUAACUACGUCACUAUUGACUUUAGCAACAUCCAGAGUGGACACGAACACAACUUCGACAAGUACACCACGACCCAGGUCGACACUCUUGGACUCCAGUACGACUACGAGUCUGUCAUGCACUACAACGCCUACAGCUUUGCCGUCGACCGCAGGAAGCCAACGAUUAUUGUCAAGCAGAAAGGAGCAGUCAUUGGACAGAGAACUCACCUCAGUCCUUUCGACAUCAAGGAGAUCCAGAUGUACUAUGGUUGCUUGUCCACACAAGGCUCCCAAAACACACCAGCCCCCGCAACUCUGUCACCUGUCCAAUCUGCAGAAACCUGUACCUUCCAAAGUAACUACUGCACAUGGAGCAAUGUCGGGGGAGACAAUAUGGACUGGAUCCGUCGCAGAGGCGGUACUCCCAGUGUAGGAACAGGCCCCACUUCUGACCACUCCGGCUCAUCAUCAGGUUACUACGCCUACCUUGAAGCGUCAGGACACUCCAGACAGAAGGGGUACCUGCUGUCUCGCCACCUGCCCGCGGGACACUACUGUUUCAGCAUGUACUACUAUAUGAGUGGCCAAGAUGAAGGCAGCCUUAAGACGGAGGCUGUUUUGUCUGAUAACUCAAGGAGGGUUAUUCACACCACUUCUGGUAACCAGGGCAACGCGUGGCAUCACUACCUCGUUAACUUGAAUGUGAACGGAAACUUUCAAAUCGAGAUCGAAGGUGACAUCGGCAACAACUACAGAAGCGACAUCGCCAUCGAUGACAUUACAAUCCAUAACGGCGACUGUUCCAGUCUUCCCGGAUAGAGGGGCCCAGACAUAUGGACAUUUGAGAUGCAGCAACAACAUCGAGUCAAUAAACAAUAUCGAAAUUCAAA